AUGCCGUCCUUGUCCAACUCUAUUGCCCUGGCAGUCGGCCUUUGCGGCCUCGCCACCGCAGCGCCUGCUAUCGACAGCCGAUCCGGUGACUUCUCAGUCGAGCAAGUCCGAAACCCAGGCUACGUCCGCAACGGUCCCGCUGCCCUCGCCAAGGCAUACCUCAAGUACGGCCAGCCUCUGCCCGAAGGUCUCGCCGCCACCAUCGCCAACCUCACCUUGAGCAAGCGCGCCACCGGCAGCGCCACGACCACCCCCGAGGAGUACGAUAUCGAGUACCUGACCCCAGUCCAGAUCGGAACCCCGGCCCAGACGCUCAACCUGGACUUCGACUCGGGCUCCUCGGAUCUUUGGGUCUUCAGCUCCUUGACUCCCACCAGCCAGAGGAACGGCCAGUCCAUCUACACGCCCGGGAGCAGCAGCACGGCCAAGACGGUGUCAGGCGGUACCUGGUCCAUCUCGUACGGCGACGGCAGCUCGUCUUCGGGGUCCAUCUAUACCGACAAGGUCACCGUGGGCGGACUCUCGUACGCCUCCCAGGCCGUUGAGACCGCAAAGAAGGUGUCUUCUUCCUUCACUGAGGACUCCAACAACGAUGGCCUUUUGGGUCUGGCGUUCAGCACCAUCAACACGGCUUCGCCUAGGCAGAAGACCUUCUUUGAUAAUGUCAAGUCCACCUUGACUUCGCCUGUUUGGACUGCUGAUCUGAAGGCCGGCAAGCCUGGUAAGUACAACUUUGGCUACAUCGACACCGCCGCCUACACGGGCGCCAUCACCUACACCGCCGUCGACUCGAGCGACGGCUUCUGGGAGUUCACCUCCUCGGGCUACGCCGUUGGCUCCGGCGCCUUCUCUUCCACCAAGAUCACCGGCAUCGCCGACACGGGCACGACCCUGGCGCUGCUCCCCUCGGCCGUCGUCACCGCCUACUACAGGCAGGUUUCGGGCGCCGUCAACAGCAACUCGGCCGGCGGUUACAUCUUCCCUUGCUCCGCCACACUGCCUGACUUCACCUACGGCGUUGGAACUGCCCGCAUUGUUAUCCCGGGGAGUUACAUAAACUAUGCCCCCUACUCCGGCUCACAGUGCUAUGGUGGUAUCCAGUCCAAUGCCGGGAUUGGAUUUUCCAUCUUUGGUGAUGUUGCGCUCAAGGCGGCGUUUGUGGUCUUCGACUCUACUCCUCGUCUCGGCUUUGCUAAGAAGGCCUUGUAA